AUGGCUUCCGGAUACUCCAUCUUCAUCGGCCUCUUCAUUAUCCUCGGCUUGUGCGCCGCUUCGUGGUUCCUGGCACCCAAGGGCGAAUACCAAGUUAUGUGGCGCUCGUCACUCAUCCUAGCUAUCGUCAGUUGCUACCUCAUGUGGGCAAUUACCUUCCUCGCACAGCUCCAUCCCCUGACUGCCCCGAAACGAAACGAUCUCCGAUCUGAUUACUUGGAAUAA